AUGUUCAAGAAAAAGCCAACAAUCAAAACGUUAUCUCCCCUGCGCUCCUCAGAUCGACGAAAAAUAGCCGAUCAGAUUAUCAAGGGAUACCAAAUUUCCAUUCCUACCACAGCUCCUGUCGAAGAAAGCAAUAACAACAAUGAAGAAGGAGCCGCUACGAAAGAGACAGCUCCAAAUCUCACAACGAUAAGAAAUGCGCUUCUUCCGGAAAACUCGCUCUCUGCGCGAUUCACCACAACCGCAGGACCAGAUCUACGAGAGGUCCAAGGAACGGUAUACGCCGGAUCGCAUCCCGAAUUCGGCGGCGAAGAGAGAAUAUUAUGGUUUAAGAUAGAACAUGGACCGGGUGCAGAUGGACGAAUAUAUCCCACGGUCUACUCACUAUGGCACAAUCCACGCAUUUUGCCGUUACUACAUACCCCAUCUUUUGUUAUGGGAAAGCUUUUUGGAGGAGCGGAUUUGAUGACACCUGGUUUGGCUAAUAGGCCACCCUUUCCAAACAGAGCUAUAAAGGGGGCUGCUGUGGCUGUUGCUACAUUGGAUAGUCCCACCGUGCCAGUGUUUGUGGGAGUUUGCGAAAUAGAUGUUUCUGCUUUGGGAGAAGUUCACGGUACCAAGGGUCAUGCGGUUCGUGGUUUGCAUUGGGAAGGGGAUGAGUUGUGGUCUUGGAGUUCAUCUUCUAGGCCUGGCCAACCGUCUCCUGAGUAUUUGGAAGGUUGGGGCGAGGAUAUCAAAGAUGUUGAGGAUGCGGUUGAGGAAAUGACCUUGAAAGAAGAGCAAGCGGAGGCCCCUGCUCAUGUGGAAAACGCACAACCAGAUACUGAGCAAGAUCCUGUUGAGCCGGAGGCUGAGCCAACAGUGAAAAAAAUCGACGAUGCUUUCGUGAAAGCCUUCGUAUAUUCUCUCUAUCAACUCAAAAAAGACAACCCCAAUACGCCGAACCAUGGGUUAACACUCCCUGUCCAGCCGUCCGCGGUGAUAUCACGUCUCGUGACUCCAUACCUGCCAAUCUACUCCUCACAACAAGCUCAAUACUACCAGAUCAAAAAGACAAGCUGGAAAAACGUGAAGAAAUUCAUCAAAUACCUGGACAAGGAACGACUCGUGAAAUCCAAAGACCGCAACGGACAGGAAACAGUGGUCAUUGACGUAGACUUUAACGAUCACCGAAUCGAACAAUUUGUUCCCUACAGACUACCUACUAAGAACAUUGUCGAGAAUUCCGGAAAAGCAGUAUCCGGGAAACAGAAGGGGGCUGAAGAAACAGGCACUGAUCCAUCAGUGGGACAAGUACUCACCGUUCAGGUUCUGUACAGACCUACCUCAAAGCUUACACCAACUCUUUUCCCUGCACUUAAUGCAACCGAUACGAAAAACUACUAUAAAUACUCGGAUAUAUCAAACCACUUAGAUGAGUACCUUUCAUCUCAAGAUCCGCCACUUGUGUCCGAAUCCAAUCGACGAAUCAUCAAACUCGACCCCUUCCUAGCCAACACGGUAUACACAUCCUCCUCCUCAGAAGACAAAGCAUCCCUAUCCCGCGGGGAAGUAACUCGAGACAGCCUCCUGAAACGAAUAAUAUCCGACUCCUCCCUCCUAUCCCCCUACCACGCCAUCCUAAAACAAGGCCAAACAAUCUCAGACGUGAAACCAAAAUCAGGCCACGCGCCCAAAAUUUCUGUCGUAAUUGAGCGACGAGCAUCCAACAAGACAGCCACAAAGAUUUCGGGGAUUGAGUAUUUUGGUAUUAUUCCUACGUUGUUGGCGGAGGAUUUGCAGAAGAAAUGUGCUUCUAGUACGAGUGUUGCGCAGGCGACUGGUGCGGUGAAGGGGAUGAUGGAGAUUAUGGUUCAGGGGGACCAGAGGAAGGCUGUUGAGAUGGCGUUGGAGAAGAGGGGGGUGAAGGGGCAGUGGAUUGAUGUGGUUGAUAAGACGAAGAAGAAGAAGUAG